GAGAAGUUUGCCUUUUCUUUGAACUUCUUCUUUCCUCUUGUAGGGAUUGAUUGAUGAGCCUGUUUGGGCAGCAGAAAAGAGACUCUGGCGUAUCACAUGAUCGUCGGUUUACCGCCUAUCCUCCCGCGUGGGUACUGCCACCAGAACACGGAAUAAAAUGCCAUUCUUGUCCUUUCUCCUCAAGCAGUAGCAGAGCUUCGAAGGAUCUUUUAGGUUGUUCUUGGCUUUCAAUAGGUACUCUCUGCCGAGGAUCGUCAACCGACCAUCAAUUAUAUCACAUAAAUAGUACAAUAUUCGUUUUUGUACAUGAGGAAUCGCGCAAUCUCAGAGAAGGAACGCAAUAUAUUGCCCAAGCUCUACUCCGUACCGCAUCACGAUACUGUAUCCGCACCGUGUCUACCGCCUUCAAGUUGGUGCUUCAUACAGCUUCAGCACAGAUCAACACCCAAGUUGAAAAAUUCGUUUACGUACGUACAACAUGUACAGCCAACAAUAAACCAGAUUCAUACACUAGUGAAAAGUAAAGAAGAUCAGCAACACUAUGACACAGAAUGAAUUAACUAUCUGCGCCG